AUGGGCAAUAAUUCUUCACAAAUUGGAAAUGGUUAUGGAUACAGAAUCAUAUCUAUCGAACCUAAUUCAUUUGGAUCUAAUCUCAGUAUACAUUUAUUUUAAUUUUAGAUUUGGAAAUCUUUUUAGAUUACAUCAUCCAGAUUAAAUCCGAUUCUUAGGUGAAUGCACUUAAAUUACUUGAAAGUGAUGAACCUAUAGAGUUGUCUAUUUUCAAUAUAUUUUCAUUGGAGAUAAGAAAAAUCUAUAUAUCUGAGCCACGAUCUACAAUUAAAUUGGGUCUUUACAUCAGAUAUGAAUCAAUCAAUCCUUUGAUAUUACAUAUUACAAAAGUAUUAAAGGGUAGUCCAGCUGAAUUAAGUGGACUUAAAAGCAAUUAAGAUUAUCUUUUAGGAGUUAAAUCUCAUAGAUAUUAAACAAUUGAUGAAUUCUCAGAUAUUGUAACAGGACAAGCUUAUUCAAAAUAAUCAAUAGAAGUAAAUUAAAUUAAUUUAUGAAUAGUUAUGUUUAUUUUCACCAUUAACUAAAGAAUCACCAAAAAUAGUUAUUUUAGAACCUAAAUUUAAUUGGGGUGGACCUGGUGCUUUAGGAUGUGAAUUUGCAUCUGGGGCAUUGCAUUCAUUUAAUUUUUCUUAAUUAAAUAAAAAAUAAGAAGUUGAUGAAGGAAAAGAAGAACAAAACAAUAAAGAAACUUAAUUACAAAAAAAUUUAGAAUUAAAAUAAUAAUAAUCAUAAUAAUAAUAAUCAUAAUAAUAAUAAUAAUAACAAUAAUAAUAAUAAUAAUAACAACAAUAAUAAUAAUAAUAAAUCAUUGAAAAUCAAGAAUAAAAUGAAAUCUUAUUAAAUUAAUAAGAAGAUUAAUAAGCAGAAUUAAAUAAAUCCUUAUCUUUAGAAAAAAUUAAUGAUGGUUAAGAAUAAUCCAUAGAUAAAGCUUUAAGUUUAAGCAGUUCAUAAAGUAAUUUUGAUUAAUUAAUAAUAUUUUAGUAAGUGAAUCUAAAUAAAUUGCUAAAAAUUAAAUGUAAUAAGAGAAUUUAAUAAUUUCUGGCUUAGAUUAAUAAUAAUAAAAUUAGAUUGAAAUGAAAAAUUCAUAAAAAAUUGAUGAAAGUAGUAUUUUAGUUGAUUUGGAUAAUCAAUAAAAAUAACAAUAAAAUCAUGAAUAAAUUUAAUCUGAUAUUUUAUUACCUGAAACACCAACAAAUUUUGGAAUUUCUUAGUAAGACUCUUAAAUAGAGAAUGGAUUAGAAGAGGUAUAAAAUUAUAUAUGGUUUAGUAAGGGGAAGUAACUAAAUUUAAAGGAGUAUUAAGAUUUUAAAAAGAAGGAUAAGAACCUUAUUUAGAAAAAGAAGAAGUUAAAUAAAUAGAUCAUUUAAAUAGUUCUUUUUAAUUAAAAAAUGCAUCUUCAGAUUAUUCACAUUUAGAGUAGAAUAAAAAUGAAAUACAAGGUAUAUGAAAUUUGUAUUAGAAGUUUAAACAUAAUCAGCUGUUUCCUAAUAAGACAAUGAAUCUAAAAAUUUAGUUGUUAAAUACGUGAACUAACUAGUGUUUAAAUCUCCAAAAAGAGAAUAAAUGUAUUUAGUGGAUAAAAAACUAUUAUUUGAUAUUUAAUUUGAAGUACCAAAAUAUUAUGUUAAUAUUUAUUGA